GCUAUCGUCACCCGAGGGCGACUCGUGAAUAUCGCGUAACGAAUACACGGAUGGGGCAAAGGUCCUCGAUGGACCCUCCUUGGGGACUGCAAGGUCAAGAUCGGCUCAGUCCUCGGGUUAUACAAGAGCGGGGAAAAGUGGACGGCUGUCCAGCGGGUGGAGUGCGGGCGGCCAGGUUGCGCUCCGCCAUUCGUUGACGACCCGGCGGAUAGCCACCACGACGAGGUCUCAUGCACCACCGGUCGCGCUCUCGGUGUUCUACCAUCACGCGUCAACGAAAGAACGAAAUUCUCUGUCAAUCUGCGCCAGAUAUGCCAGAGCAUAUGCUCGAUCAUGAACGUAGCAAGUCGCCCCGCAGAAUUUGGACCCCCCUGGCAACCUGCCGACGAUACGUUAGUGAGCCUGCCGGAGCACUCUGCGAGGACGCUGCUUGCACGGCGCGAACUCUGGCUAGCACUAUGCAGGUUCGUGCCGGCAGCGAAUCGCAUUGCGAUUUUUGGGUAUGCUCAUGCUCGUGUCACCGCAGACAUCAACGCAGCUCCUGACGCUCCAAACCCCAUUGCCUCCGUCGUAGCUCGCGAGACACGAGGCCCGCUCACAUCGGCUCUACGGCGAAACACGCCACUCUCACUGCGCAGUGCGGACGCGCCACCGACGCAGAGCGUCGCGCUUUCCCUCGUUCGCGCCGCCCACAGCCUAUCGUGCGACGUCGUACUCAAACUCGCAAGGAGGCGCCUAUGCGCCAUCUGGGUUCCCCCGAAGGCCUCCACGCGCCCCGCAUCCCUAGGCGCCCCAUCCAAGACGAGCCCCUCCUCUUCGUCCUCCGGGGUCGAUACCGACACCAAGACUGUGCACACAUACCACAACGCGGUGUUCAUCAUCCUCUUCGCGCGCCAGUACGGCAUCCCGGAGCUGCUCAAACGCGCAUUCUACGGACUCCUCGCGAGCGCCGAGUUCUGGGCCGCACUCACCGCGGACCGCAAGCAGAUCAGGCUCACCGAGGCAGACCUGCUGCGCCUGUACAAUGCGCGGCACGUCCUCCAGCAGCGCUGGCGCGAGACGGUCGUGCUCGCACCGUACAUGGACGAGAAGGGUGUGUCGACGUGCCGGGGGGAUGGGUCCCAGCACUGGCGCAAGAUGAUGCUGGAGAGCGAGGUGGUCGAGGCGGGGAUGGGUGACCCGUUGCGGUACGAUGCGUCGAGUGGGCUGACGAAGGAGCAUGAGGAGACGUGGGGCCGGGGGUGCCGCAAGGGCUGGACUGACAUGCUGGCGAGGAAGCGGACGGAGUGGUGGGCGAGCUUCGGCGACUUGAUGCAGCUCGCCACCCUCAAGCCAAACACACUGGCGUCCUGGCGUGCGUCCGCGCGUAUGGCGGGCUCCACGGCCGCCGCAACGCCCUCCGACGUCGUCUUCGCGAGCGCAGGGUAA